UAGGGUUCACUCUGUGUCACUAUUUCAACAACUUUGUACCGGCUAAGUUUGGAAUUAUAAGAAAUCAUCCCGAGCUGUCCACCCUUGCGAUCUUUCGUCUUCCUCCGGUCUCUGCCUACCCAGUGAUAUGACCUGAUAGUCGAGCUUUUUUCAGCGUCUGCAUCCGCAGCUUUCGUCUUUGCCUUGGAGUUUUUCUGGACCACCCUUUAUGGCGGUGAUAAAGUUGGUGUCUUAGUCUCAAACUGCGAUAAAGGGUAUCAUUUCAAGCUCUGUAUUGGGGUUGAGUAGGCGUCAACGUGGGAGUUAUAUAUUUGUUGCGUUUUCAUGAAAUCCUGCGGAUUUUCGUUCUCUACUGCCGCUGCUGCCUUCGGUGAUGAGAAAAAGAAAAUGGCGGCGGAAAAAGCAAGUGGCCAGAGUGAAGACGCAUCUCUUAGCUUGACAGUCCAGGAGAGAGAAGCUCUCCGAGAAUUGGACAGCAGCCUCUUUGGGUUUCUCAGUCGUCACGAAGAUGGCGCCAGGACGAAGACCCUUCUGGGCAAGGCUGUUCACUGCUAUGAAUCUUUAAUGUUAAAAGCUGAUGGAAAAGUGGAAUCAGAUUUCUUUUGUCAAUUAGGUCACUUCAACCUCUUACUGGAAGAUUAUUCAAAAG